AUUAAUAUGGAAAAUAAGCUCAAUAGUACCCAUUCGAAGACCAUCUCUCCAAUAUAAUUUCCCCCUUUUGAAAAUCCCCUUUCCUCUCCGAAAUCAGAUCAGCAUCAAAAUUGAAAUUGAAAUUGAAAUUGAAUGGCGCUGGAAUGGGUAGUCCUCGGUUACGCCGCCGCCGCAGAGGCAAUCAUGCUCCUCUUCCUCACCCUCCCCGGCCUUGACCCUAUCCGGAAGGGCCUAAUCACCGUCACCCAGGGCCUCCUCAAACCCUUCCUCUCCAUCGUCCCCUUCUGCCUCUUCCUCCUCAUGGACAUCUACUGGAAGUACGAGACCCGCCCCACCUGCGAGUCCGACUCCUGCUCCCCCUCCGAGCACCUCCGCCAUCAGAAAUCCAUCAUGAAGUCGCAGCGCAACGCCCUCCUCAUCGCCUCCGCCCUCAUCUUCUACUGGCUGCUCUACUCCGUCACGGCGCUCGUCGUCAAGAUCGAUCGCCUCAAAAAUCGGAUCGAAAAGCACGCCUGAUUUCCCGAAUCGCAUCACCCACACUUUUGGUAUUCUUAAUUGAGUUUCGUGUGCCCUAAUUGUUAGGGUCUACUUGGCUGUUUGAUGUAUUUCGUAGUUAAUAUUUGACUGUUUUGAAUUUGAUGUUUCCUGCCAUCUUGUGAUUGUGUUAUCGUUAUACUCACUUAGGUUUCUUAUCACUGAAUUCUGAUCUGUAUUUGAUCUGAUAGAAGCUAGGUUCCAUGUGUAUAUGCUUGCUGUUGGAUCUCGAAUUCUGUCAGUUUACAUACCCAA